AUGAACGGAAACGAUAUAUUUCCCCGUAACCACAACUUUGAUAUUUCUAAGAGUACGAAAAGUAAGAGAACUAGAGUUCCGACGUCAUGUUUGUUGUGCAGAAAAAGAAAAAUAAAAUGCGAUAGAAAAAGACCCUAUUGUAGCGGGUGUCUAACUAACAAUACAUCACAUCUAUGUAAGUACGAGAUAAAGCCGUGGUCAAAGGAGUAUUUUGAUGCUAGUAAUAAAGAACCAUGGCAAGAAGAAAUCGAGGAUUUGAGAUUAAAAAUAAAAUCGCUCGAGAAGAAUAUUGAACAACAACAGUUGGAACUAGACACCAGGUCGGGGACAAGUCUCCAUUCUUCGGUGACAUCUGUCAAUAGCAGUAAUAAUGAUUAUAGGAAAGGUCUGGAUGAAAGGGAUACAACCAUAUUAGAUUUGGCAGAAAGAUUCGAUUGCCUUAUCGUAAAAGACCUGAGAUUAAGAUAUUUUGGUCCCACUUCAUCCGUUGCUCUUAUACGAAAUGAUAAACAUGCUUCUGCAAUAUAUUCCAAAUAUUUUAAAGGACAACACAAGAAAUUCAAUGAGAUUACUGCUAACCAUGGAGACUUAAGAACUAAAAAAUAUAAUGAUGAUGGAGAAAAGGGCGACUGUUCCUCAUAUAGGCCAUCAUUUGUUGGUGAUUUCCCUGAGCUUCCUUCUUCUGAAGUAAUAGAUUUACUCCUUCGUCGGUUUUUCGACUUUUGUUAUCCGCUAUUUCCUUUCAUUGAUGAGAAAAGUUUUAGAGCAGACAUUAAAGUUAUUUUGACAAAAGAGUACAAUAGCAUCAAUUUAAACAUUCAUCAAGAAAGUACUUUUGCAUUAUUUCUAGUAAUGUUAAGAUAUGCUUAUAUAACUUUGCCGUUUAAAGACAACUCAAAUCGAUUAUCAGAGACUAAAUUUGAUUUGGCUCAACAAAUUGCGCUUUCGGAAACAAAUAUACCUCCGUCUUAUGUCGAAUAUGCAAAGCAUCUCAUAAUAUCGCCAAACGGUCUUGGAAAAAUGACUCUUAGAACAAUUCAAGCUGGUUUGUUUUUGAGAGUUUAUAAAAAGCAAUGCCCUGAAGAUGAUGACAUAGCAACAGACAAUGAGAUAUUGUUGGGGAUUCUCAUUCAAAUGGCUAGAUUUCAUGGUUUUCAUAGAAAUGCCGUCGGAUUAGAUAAAGACCUUGUGAAUGCGGAUGAUAUACAAUUAUGGAAGAAGAUUUGGACCCAGUUAUUAUACCUUGAUGCAAUGCAAAGUUUUGCCAAUGGAACACCUCUAUUGGUGUCUGAUGAUGAGUUCAAUAAUCAGAGAUCUUUUAUUACGUAUAGUGAUUGCUUUAAUCUUCAAAGUGAAGAAACUUUAAUAACAAGGCAAUUUGCAUUAUCAUAUAUGGCAACAAAGAUGACAAGAAAGUUCUUACUUAUUACAAGUCAAAUGUAUAGAAGUUUCAAAAGAUCGGCUUUAGAUGAAUUGGUUGUUGAGAUGAAUGAAUUGAUUUAUAACAAAAUGAGGACUUUCGACCAAUUGUGCAAUUCAGAUGGUAACAUAAUUGACGAAAACAUCACUGACCGGGCACAAGAGUUUAUGCUAAGAAUGGAAUUAUUUCUUAAAUCAUAUACCUUGAAUUAUAUAUUAUUUUUGACUGCAAAUGAAGAGAGAGAAGCAGACUUAAGAAAAUCUUACUUGAUGUUUGCUUUAGAAAAAGCGUUGAUUAUAUCAAAAUUAGCAUUUGAAUUUGCAGAAAAUACUUCUUCGAAAUUUGGUUCUGAACUUGAAACUUUUAUUGCUCCUUACAUUUGGACCCCAUUGUACAAAAUAUUGCCAACUUUGUACAGUAUUUUGUUGAGAGUUAAUGCAGGUGAAUUUUCUCUAAUCGAAUUCUCAAGAUGCUUUAAAUCGCCAGAUUCUGCAGGGCUAAUUGCAUGGGCUCAAUUGAACGAAAGUGAAAACAAAUGUGUUAAAAAUCUCGUAGCGAUAUAUGAGCAAUUAAACUCAAAAUGCUUACAUUUAAGUUUUAAAUUUUUCCAUUGUUAUCGUGUUUGUUUUACCUUCAAAAUUAUUUUUAAUUACUUACAAGAAUUUUACCCACAGCUAUUAACCCCUAGUGACGGUAUGAAAGGAAAUGCAGGAGAUAUACAAACUAAGGAGGUCGGUAUAAGUUCAAUGCAGUGGGAUGAUUUCUGGAAUAAUAAACUAGAUCCAGAUCGUAUACUCGACUUCGACUAUUUCUACACUAAUAUGCAAUAUAAUUUGGAUCCCUUUUUAAAUGAUUUGAAUACAAGCUUUAAUAUUUUUGAAAAUUGA